CCCCCACCACGCCGACUGCGCUUUCCUCGGCGGCCUCACUAACCCGACCCUAUCGCUGCCUGCGCUGCCUGCUUGCCUGCUCGCCCAUCUGCCUCCUCUUCAUACAAAGCUCCCCCGGCCCCCGCCAGUUUUGCUUUUCCACACCAGUCUCCCGCUCCCAACCACCCGACUUCACUCCCCGCACUACAGCUCUCUUGCACGUGCCAGUACCCUUCUUCUCUUGAAAAGAAAGCAAUCACACCACCAGCCAUCGCCCACGCAAUGACGGCACAAUCGCCCCAGCUGCACUCGCCCACCUCGCAUCCUGAGCGGCCAAAGGGUAUCCUCAAGAACUCCACUUCUUACCGCUCAGAUUCACACACAUCGCCUACUCGCGACCUGCCGCCUGCCACGAGCCCAAUCUCCUCGGAGCGUCCGCAGCUUGGCCGUGAGCUGUCGGAGAAAGAGAUCGUGCUCGAGAACACGCUACGCAAUGCUGGCGCCCACCGCCGCUCGUCUUCAAACCCUCGUGGCCUGGGGUCGCGGCGCCAAUCGGGCGCAGACCCCACGGGCGACGCCAGCCCCCAGCUCAAGUGGGACGAGGCCAAUCUCUACCUCAACGAGCAGAACCGUGACAGCACCAUGAAGAUUGACGAGCCAAAGACGCCCUACGCCAAGCAAUACGACCCUGCCGAGGACGAAGAGGAAGUCGAGAUGCUGAACGCCCAAGAGCUCAAGGUUGACGAGCUCGACAAGGCGAAGCGCAAGCCAAAAAUUGACGAUAUCCCCGAGUUUGACCUAGGCCAGCCCGAGCUACAGGCCCGCCACUCACACACGCCCGAUAGCGAGAAGCGAGUCAUUGUCGGCGAGGGCAUGGACACGGACGAGGGUUACCACGGCGAACUGCUCCCCAACGCGACACAGGAAGAGAAGGAGAAGCAUCGCAAGUUCGAGGAGCUGCGCAAAAAGCAUUACGAGAUGAAAAAUGUCAAGGACCUGCUAGGUCACCCGGAAGAUGCAGAUGAAGACGAAGAGAUGCCCUUGCGACCCAAUGGUCCAUGAAGGACUGAUUACGUUUUAUGAUCUAUAUUUUGCGGCAUUAUGAUGGAGUUAACAGGAUUUACCUUGCCAAAGGACGGCGCUGGAGGACCUUGGGGGACAUUAAUUUUCAUAGCUGAUCGGCUUAGCAUGUGUGACGAAUAUGACGAUUGGACUCUUUUGU